AUCCACUUAAUCACUCUGAAAGAUCUUCCGCUCUCACGUCAUUUGGAUGCUGCGACUAAAAUCAUCGAAGACGAGCACAACAACGACAAACUGUGGCGGUCGAUUUGGGAUCCAGCGAUGAAAGACCACCCGGAAGCGCGAAGUGCCGAGUACGAUGUGCUCGUCAAUUCAAAAACCUAUUUUCUCUACAAUGCAACUCUGGAGGAUCCAUUCUCGACUGAAUUUUUCGUUUGGAUCGAUGCCGGUUACGGACACGGCAAUCAAAGUGUCUUCCCGUACAACAACAAAUGGAAACCGCAAUUCCCUCACAACAAGAUUUCCGUAAUUAAG